AUGAGCUGGUUGUGGCCUUGGAUCUUGCUGUGUUGGACAGUGAAUACAGACAGCGUAAGGACUUCAUCCGUGACUCUUGAGAGCCCAAGCCUAGAGGAUAUCCAACAUGCUCAGGAAUACCUGCAGCAGUUCUAUCGACUGAAACUGAGCGGAAGCCGUCGCAUUAAGAGGCAUGCUGAUCUCAUGAAGGAGAAGAUCAGAGAAAUGCAACAUUUCUUUGGCUUGAAGGAAAGUGGUCUUCUGGAUCAGGAAACCUUGGCUGUGAUAAAAGAAGAAAGAUGUGGUGUACCUGAUGUGGAGAAUUUCAGCUUGUAUCUUGGACGUCCAAAAUGGAAAAGCAACACCAUAACUUACAGGAUUGCAAGGUAUACCCCUGAUCUUAGUCAUGAAGCGGUGGAGAAGUCCUUGCGUAUGGCCCUAAAAGUAUGGAGUGAUGCAGCUCCUUUGAGGUUUGUCCAAGUAAACCAUGGCAAAGUAGAUAUUACAUUAUCCUUCAACUCCAAAGCUCAUGGAGACUUCUUCCCUUUUGAUGGCCCAGGCGGGGUGCUAGCUCAUGCCUUCGAGCCUGGAGACAACAUUGGAGGAGAUGUGCACUUCGAUGAUGAUGAAAAGUGGACAGUGGGAUCUGGCAGGCCAGGUUAUAAUCUGUUCUCUGUGGCUGCACAUGAGCUUGGUCACUCUUUAGGACUGGCACACUCAAGGGACCCAACUGCUCUUAUGUAUCCAAAGUACAAGUUCAUCAAUGCUGCCACAUUCAAACUUCCAAGAGACGACACACUGGGGAUCCAAGCUCUUUAUGGAAAGAAAACAAGACAACAGAAGCCACUUGUAAUUUUAAAUAAGUGUGAUCCAAACUUUUCUCUUGAUGCAGUGACGGUACUCGGAAAAGAAAUUAUUUUCUUUAAAAACAGUUACAUGUGGAUGAGAACAAUUUGGAAGACGUAUUGGAACAGGCUAAAAGAAGGUCCUCAGAGUGUUUUUCUGCCAGGCAUCCCAUCACAUGUAGAUGCGGCCUAUGACAUUCCAUCUAAAGGGGUGGUUUAUAUCUUCACAGGUCCUAAAUAUUGGGUGGUUCAGAAACUGGGAGCCAAGAGCUUUCAUUAUGGUUCUAUUUAUGAGUAUGGAUUUCCAGAAACAUUGAAACACAUAGAUGCUGCUGUUCAUAUCAGUGAAUAUGGAAAGACCUACUUUUUCACAGGAGACUACUAUUUCAGUUUUAAUGAGAAAAGUGGUGUGAUAGAUCCUGGAUUUCCAAGGAAAAUUCAUAUGGACUGGCCCGGCAUUGUUGGGAAAGUGGAUGCAGCUUUUGAACUCACAGGAAGUAUUCAUCUCUUCUGUAAAUCAAAAGCAUUUAUCUUCAAUCAUGAGAAGAGACGUUUGCUGCACACUAUGAAUACAAAUAGUUGGCUUGGCUGCAGAGCUGAAAAAUGA